ACCAGCUCACGAAACUAACAAUGCCGUCGAUGGAGGAAGUCUACGCCAGCGAGCUCAGAGGACGUGAGCCGGAAACCGUCGACACACUUUUCCUCGACAACACCCAAGGAGGAGUGAUCGGAGGAAUCAACGAAAAACUCACCAAACUGGAGUUGCUGAGCAUGGUCAAGUGCGGGUUGACCACUCUCAAAGGGAUGCCGGUUCUCCCAGCGCUCAACUACUUGGAUCUCAGCGACAACGAGCUUGGAGACGAUGCUUCGUUUGACGUCCUCAUCAAAUGUGCUCCGGAGAUCAAGAAAAUCACGCUUUCCGGAAACCGCCUCACUCUGGACAACGUUCGGACGCUGAAGAUGCUCCCCAAUCUCAUGGAGCUCGACCUGUCGAACAAUUCAAGCCUCGGACUUCUCGACGACUAUCGUGUCAAGAUGUUCGAGAUGAUCCCGUCGCUGAAGAUUCUCGAUGGAUGCGACGUCGAUGGAGAGGAGGUUGAGGAGGAGUUCGCCGCCGGCGAGGGAGCCGAGGACAGCGACGAGGGAGACAGCGAUGAAGAUGGCCCAGGGCUCAGCUACCUCAACAAGAGCCAGUUCUCAGAUGACGAGACCGACGACUACGUCGUUCCAGAAGCGGGAGAUGCUGAGACUCGUGGAGCCAAGAGAGCCGCUUCUGCUGACUGCGACGAGCCGGAGGCCAAGAAGUCGGCCGAGUAACAAGGGAUGCUCCACUGCUCCACGCCACCACCAUCGUCAAUUUCUCCCGUCUAUUUUUCAAUUCAACUUUCUUAUAUUUUCAAUACUCAAUCAUUCCCUUCCACGUGUGUGCCCAAUAUUUAAAUUUCACCCAAGCGAUCUCGGCGAAAAACGCCUCCUGUAAAAUAAAAUUUCUUUCGCUUUC